AUGCAAUCGAUAUGCACUAAUCUAGCUGAUUUAAGUUCAGAAUUGGCUGCUGUUCGGGCGGAGCAAGAGCGUCAGGCAGAUCUUCUAGAGGAGUCCUGUGAGACGGACACAGGUCCUCGUCCCGCUAAUUGUUAUGAAGCUCUGGAGGAGUCGCAGAAAAGCGGCGUUACUGUGAUCCGUGUGCCCAAGUACAGCCAGAAGUCCUUUAAGGUCGCUUGUGAUCAGGACACUAAUGGCGGAGGAUGGACAAUAAUCUUAAGGCGAACGGAUGGCAGCGAGGACUUCUACCGCGAAUGGGAGGACUACGAAAAGGGAUUUGGCCUAGCUGAUGGUGAAUACUUUCGUGGGAUUGGGCAGGUUGCAUGCAUUGACCUCUUCGGUUCGUCAGGAACUUCUGAUCCUUAUGGAGGAUUAUGA